AUGUCGGGGGACUCGAAGAGAACGAUGCCAUAUGUUCGGCUAGGAAAGUCUGGCCUGAAGGUAUCUAAGAUCAUCUUAGGUUGCAUGCAGUAUGGCAGCACCGGAUGGAACAAGUGGGUGAUCGAGGAUCAGGAGGAGGUCUACUCUAACGGUCUAUCGGAGGUGAUGUUGGGGAAAGCGAUCAAGACUUUGAACCUCCCUCGGGAAGAAAUUGUUGUUAUGACGAAACUAUUUGGUGCCGUUGCGCCGAGAUAUGACAUGAGUAUCAUGGCCCAGGGUUUGAAGCCAGAGGACCUCGGAAUCAUCAAUCAGAAGGGGCUGAACCGCAAGUACAUCUUCGAUUCCGUGAAGAAGAGUCUGGAGCGCUUGCAGCUGGACUAUGUCGAUCUCCUUCAAUGUCACAGAUUUGACUACGAUACGCCUAUAGAGGAGACCAUGCAAGCUCUUCACGAUGUUGUAAAGGCUGGUUAUGUUCGCUACAUUGGCAUGAGUUCCUGCUACGCGUACCAGUUCCAUGCCAUGCAAAACUACGCGAUCAAUCACAACUUGACCCCAUUCGUUUCUAUGCAAAACCACCACAGUCUCGUUUAUCGGGAGGAGGAGCGCGAGAUGUUCCCGACGCUCAAGCUCUUCGGCGUUGGGGCUAUCCCCUGGUCUCCUUUGGCGCGAGGUGUUCUUGCCCGCCCACUUGGUGAACAAACCAAGCGAGGAGAGACAGAUAGUUUUGUCAAUCAUUACAAAGACUCCGCUGGAACUCCGGAGAUCGUGAAGCGCGUUGAAGAGAUUGCAAAAAAGAAAGGUGCUAGCAUGGCUCAGAUCGCUAUUGCCUGGAGUCUCUCGAAAGAGGGCGUUACUGCUCCCAUAGUUGGCACCACGAGCAUGAAGAAUCUAGAAGAUAUUCUGGGCGCUGUGCAUGUUCAACUGACACAGGACGAGAUCAAAUAUCUCGAAGAGCCGUACCGUCCGCUUGCCAUUGACGGUCAUGCUUGA